AUGGCGGAGGGCCAGCAAGCUCAGCAACCUGUGCAGCAGACUCAGAAGGUGUCAGAUAUUAUACGGACCUACCGUCCUACAAAGGCAUUUCGACCCCCGAAGCAAGAUCAUCCCCAUGUGACGUCGCUGGAUUUCGAUGACCAGGGCGAUUUCCUCGUUGCCGCUGGAGAGGAUGAGACAAUUCAAGUGUUUGACAUCAAGGAGGGGAAGGCCACCAAGUCUGUUCCUAGCAAGAAGUACGGUGUCCAUCUGGCACGAUUCACGCAUCAUUCACGCCAGGUUCUUCACGCGAGUACAAAAGUCGAUGACUCGUUGAGAUUGCUCGAUCUUCACAACGAAGGCUACGUGCGGUAUUUCUCCGGUCAUACUGAUAAAGUAACGUCUCUGGCGCUGUCGCCCGGAAGCGAUGCUUUCGUCUCAUGCUCGAAAGACGACACCGUCGCACUUUGGGAUCUUAAUUCGCGGCAUGUUCAGGGAAGACUGAAGCUCGCGACGCCAUACUUGGCCACCUUUGAUCCGUCAGCCUCAGUCCUCGCGAUUGCAUCUCAGUCGACCUCGUCUGUUCUCCUCUACGACUUUCGUAACUACGACAAAUCCCCGUUUUCUUCCUUUGAUCUUGCGCCAUACGAAGAAAGAUUUACACCGUCCACCAGGGGCAGGGCUUGGACACGUCUGGAAUUCUCUAAUGAUGGAAAAUACCUGCUUGUGGGAACAGACUUUCACGGUCAUUUCAUUCUGGAUGCCUUUGACGGGGCCGUGCGCGCUUUCCUGGUAGGGAAGAAUGGCUCCCCUGGCAGGGCGGCUCCCGUUUCUACAACCGGAAAACCUCUUGGUCAGGGAGAUGCCUGCUUCUCACCUGAUGGGCGGUAUGUCAUUGGUGGUCCAGGAGAUCAAUCAGACGUACUUGUGUGGGAUUUGCAACAGCCUCCUGAUUCGAGUCUGCUUUUGCAGCCCACUCACAGACUACCUAGUCGGGGUCGGACUGCGGUGAUCGAGUACAAUCCGAGGUUUAACAUGCUUGCAACUGCUGAUAAAGAGACGGUCUUCUGGCUUCCAGAGGAUGGCUCUAGGCAACCGGAGAAAUAA